AUGCUGUGCAUUGUGGGUGCGCAGAAGACAGGGGACUGGGCACUGGAGUGUAAUGGAGUCGGCCUGUGGCAAACUGUUGUCUCAGGACGAACCUUGAAUGGUCAAGAUGCCAAGGCCGGGGCCUGGCCCUGGCAGGUCAGCGUACAGAGAUACGACUCUCACAUCUGCGGUGGUUCGCUCAUCUCCAAGAGCUGGAUGGUGUCAGCAGCUCAUUGCUUCGAUCCCAUCACUGUGUGGCUGUUUCCCAGCCGCUCCACCCCAGAGCCGGCUGUACCUCAGCGCCAGGUGCAGGUGGGUGAAAACAGGAUUGUCAGUGAGACCCCAACCCAGAUGUUCUCAUCGGUGAAGCAGGUCGUCCUCCAUCGCUAUUACAACAGUAGCACUUUCCUUGCCGACAUCGUUCUGGUGGAGCUGGAGAAGCCAAUUGCAUUCACAGCCUCCAUCAGCCCCGUGUGCCUGCUCGAUGCCUCCAUCCAUGUGCCUGCUGGAGAUGCCUGCUGGGUGACUGGCUGGGGGAACAUUCACCCCGAAGCGAGUUCUUCCCUAGCGGAGACACUGCAGGAGCUGGAGGUGCUCACCAUAGACACCACAAUUUGCAACGAUCACUUCCGGGAAGCAUUACAAAAGUCUGCAGGUGACAACCCCAUCAAAGAGGACAUGAAGUGUGCCGGGCACAUAGAAGGCUAUAAGGGGACGGACCCGGGUGACUCUGGGGGACCCCUGGUGUGUGAUGAGGAUGGGACCUGGUACCUUGCUGGGAUUGUGAGCUGGUUACUGAAAACAACAGUGAACAGUGUUGCUGCUGGUUACCCUGGGGUCUACAACCGCCUGAAUGUCCACAACAAUUGGAUCCAGGAGAAUGUGCCUGGUGUGAGUUUCAUGGUGGUGAACUUCACUCUGAACAGUGCCAGUCCCUCUAUUGCUGUCACUACGAACAGUGCCGGAUCCUCUGCAAGCAUCCCUGAGGUCCUUCUCCUCACUGUGCUUCUGUGGCUGACCCUGUGA